GUGGGCGGGACCAGGCUCCAAAGUGACGGGGGCGUUUUCGUGCGGGUUUGCGGAACGGGCCGUCCGUUGCGGCGACUGCGUGACUGAGGUCCCGCAGCUGAUAAUUGUCCCGCCACCCCCGCCCCUCUUCGAGGGCCCGAGCGCGGCGCAGAGGAGCAGCCUGAAGAGGGAGAUGUGUCAUCAGCCACUGGGGGGCAUUUGUCCUCUGCAGCCUGUUCAGCCCGUGAAGCUUAUGGGAUAGAUGAGUGCGUAACCCUUGCCCUCCACACAACUGGAUUCUUUGUGCCAAAACCUGAGCUGUGCCGAAGGAGAGAAGAUGGGCAGCCCCGGCUGUGAGGUGGACGUCACGCGGCCCAUGGAGCCAGCUCCCGAGACUCUCUGUCCAGAGUGUGGUCAGAUCCACCGCACCUGGGAGAACCAUCUCUACAACUACCGGCUGGAGGUGGACGAUGACCUGGUGUGCCACAUCUGCCUGCAGCCGCUGGUGCAGCCUCUGGAUACGCCGUGCGGCCACACGUUCUGCGCCCGCUGCCUGCGCAGCUUCCUCCAGGAGAGGGACUUCUGCCCUCUUGACAGGACGCGGCUGCAGCUGCAGGCGUGCCGCAGAUCCAGCAUCCUGGUGCACAAGCUGCUGGACAAGCUCUCUGUGUCCUGCCCUUUGAGUCCUGUCUGCUCGCUCAGCAUGCCCCGCUGUGACCUGGAGGCACACCUCAAACACAGGUGUCCGGGGACUCAGAGUCAACAGACGAGCGUGGACGGGCCGCGAUGUGACAGCGUGGACGAGCAAGCCAUGGUGACCAGCCCCCCCAGGUCGCCCCAUUCUCCACAGACAGAGCUGAGGGACCGCACGCCGUCUCCACACUCCGGGCAUAGCAACACCUGUGGUAACGGGCCCGUGUGGACGGACGACGCCGGCCUCGAUAACCCCGCCUUCGAGGAAAGCACCGAGGAAGACAGUGUGUUGGGGUUGGAGUGCGUCGUCCCUCGGGUGAAGCGACCCCUCAGUAACCCUUGCAUCCACCUUCUCCGCUCCGUAAGCUCCACCUCCUCAGGAUGGGACUGCCCUGAGUCUCCCCCUUUGUCUGCAGAGGAAGGCUGUGUGAAGCUGCCCUCCCUCCCUGAAGGAGAGAUAACCACCAUCGAAGUCCACCGGGCGAAUCCGUACGUUGAGCUCGGAAUUAGCGUCGUUGGUGGAAAUGAGACGCCUCUCAUCAACAUUGUGAUCCAGGAGGUGUACAGGGAUGGAGUCAUCGCACGAGAUGGGAGGCUUCUGGCUGGAGAUCAGAUACUACAGGUGAACAACGUGGACAUCAGCAACGUGCCGCACAGUUUUGCCCGCUCCACCCUGUCUCGGCCCUGCACCACCCUCCAGCUGACUGUACUAAGGGAGCGCCGCUGCGCCUCUCGAGCACCUCCCUCCUCUUCCUCGUCCACCCCAGCCGUGCCUCACGCCCCUUGCUCGACUCCUGACGGCACGCCGUCCAGCCCCACCAAACUGAGAAUCACGCUGCACAAGCGGGACUCAACAGAGCAGCUCGGCAUCAAGCUGGUACGACGAACGGAUGAGUCAGGGGUGUUUGUGUUGGAUCUCUUGGAAGGAGGCCUGGCGGCUAAAGAUGGCAGACUGCGGAGUAACGACCGCGUGUUGGCAGUCAAUGACCAGGACCUGCGCCACGGCACCCCCGAGCAGGCUGCUCAGAUCAUACAGGCCAGCGGAGAACGAGUCUACCUCCUGGUUGGCCGACCCAACAAACCGACUCCACCCCCACCGCCAAAAUCGAGCUCCACUAGAGACCUGUAUUGCCUUGAACACUUCCUGCCUAACCACAGCUCCACCCCGAGCCCUGUGCCCGUCCACCUGUCCCGCACCAGCACCCAUAGAGACCUGUCCCAAUGUGUGAGCUGUAAGGAGAAACACAUCACUGUGAAGAAGGAGCCCCUCGAGUCUUUGGGCAUGACCGUGGCAGGAGGCCGGGGCAGCAAGAGCGGGGAGCUGCCGAUCUUUGUGACAAGCGUUCAACCGCACGGCUGCUUGUCAAGGGACGGCCGGAUAAAAAGAGGGGACGUCCUGCUGAGCAUCAACAGUCAAGAUCUGACAUACUUGAGCCACAGCGAGGCCGUGGGGACGCUGAAGGCCAGCGCGGCCUCGCCCUCUGUCCAGCUGCGGGUGCUGGAGGUCAUCAUGGAGGAGGAGCACAAUCACGACGAGCUACUGCCUCACACUCACGACAGCGACUUUGAUGCCAACUGGUCUCCCUCGUGGGUCAUGUGGCUGGGCCUGCCAAGUUAUUUGCACAGCAGCCAUGAGAUUGUGCUGCGGAGGAGUCACCCUGGAAGCUGGGGCUUCAGCAUCGUCGGGGGGUACGAGGAGAGUCACGGCAACCAGCCUUUUUUUAUCAAAACCAUCGUCCUCGGCACUCCUGCGUACUAUGAUGGACGUCUCAAAUGCGGCGACAUGAUUGUGGCGGUUAACGGCCUGUCGACAGCAGGAAUGAGCCAUUCGGCGCUAGUGCCCAUGCUGAAGGAGCAGCGCAGCCGCGUAGCGCUAACGGUGGUCUCCUGGCCCGGCAGCCUCGUAUAACCGGGACAGAAAUCAGCCAGCAGUGCGCUCCACUAACUCGACCCCAAAAGGCUCUAUAUUGGGAAUGACCUUGGCCAAAGUGAACUGGUAUAUGAUUCUGUACAUCACUACAUCCCAGGCUUAGUUCAGGACCAAAAGCAUUCUUAGCUGUUGUAUUCCCUAGUAGGGCCGAGCUUGUACUGACCGGGUGGGAGCUGAUCCAGAUUGUGCCAUGUAACUCGACAGACUGCUCGCCCCACACACACUGCUGUGUUCAUAUGGUCAUGUCGUCUUCACACCUGCUGGGAUAACGGUACUGCAACCAAUGACAGGCAAUCUGUGCCGCGUUCACCUCAGGCAGUAGAGGAACCCGGGACCGUGAUCAGGUGGAGGCGUCGCAGGUGGAAAAAUGUUAAACAGGCGUUCUUCUGUUUGAUGUUUCCGUGCAUUUUAAUCAAGACGUCCUGACAUUAGAGCUGCAUCCGUCUGAAUGAGCCUUAGGCCUUAUUAGAAAGCUGCCACAUCCUGGGAGGGGCUCACCUGCCCUCGUCACCAUGGCAACCAGCUGUCCCAUCAGCUGGAGUUUUAUACAUAUGAAUGUGCAUUUCAUUUGUUUAAUAAAAUGGUCCUUUCAAGGA